UAUUUUUUUUUUUUUGGCUUUCUUUUUUCACUCGACUUCCUUGAUUGUUCUUCUCCGUUUCACUUUUGUUUGCUCUCGCUUCAUUUUUGUUUGAUUUUUUCACGGUUUGCACUGACAUUGGAGGACGAAAAGAAAUCCUUAUGGGAUUUUGAACCGGGCCUAAUUGGCAAUUUUGAUUUGGCUUAAAGGAGCAAAAUUUGAUUCCUUGUCGAGGAGAAGAUUGGAUUUUUACCCAUUGCUCUUUCCUAUGAUCCUAGGUUUUGUUCUCUGCGAUAUCGAUUUUGAGGAUAUAAGUAGUUCUAGUGGUGUACAGCUUGUAGAAGAUUGGAUUUUUAUCUGUUUAUUAUUUUUGGUCGAUAUUCCAUUUGUCUGUGCAAGUGGUUUGUUUGUUCAAGAACUUGUUUUUGACUUUUCGAAAGUUUUAAGGAUUUACCUUUUUAUUGGACAUAUUAGUCUUUCAAUUGACUUUGCUACCAUCUAACUUCAUUCAGGCGCAGAAGAUUUGUGGAAGAACUAGUACUUUGUAGCAAUGGGGGAAGAGGUUCCUGAGUCUAUGAUGAACAGUUCGGUUGAGAAAUUGUCUGUUGCUUAUGACUCUGAGUCAGCUGGCUAUCGGACCUCUACCAACUUUGGUGAUAAGAUGUAUGUAGUUGAAGGAUCUGAGUAUAGAGGAAAGUCGUCUGUAAAUGUUACAAUUUUUGACCACUUAACAAGAUCAUGGAUAAUCCCGACUGUUCUUGGUCUGAAGCCUGUCCACGUGGGAGGCCACUCGGCUGUUCUUCUCAACAAUGAUAGGAUAUCGAUUGUUAAGAAGGAUUCCAUGUUGGAUGAUAGCAUCUGGUUUCUUGAGGUCGAUACCCCUUUUGUUAAGGAGCAAAAGAAGGUACUUGGCAGUGAGGUAGUUGCAUGGAGUAAGGGUGUCAUUGGCAAUGCACCAAAACCAAUUGUUAUCAGUGGUCCUUCUGGCGUUGGCAAAGGCACUUUGAUAAGCAAACUUAUGAAGGAAUUUCCAACAAUGUAUGGAUUUUCAGUGAGCCACACUACUCGAGCACCAAGAGAGAGAGAAUUAGAUGGAGUUCACUACCAUUUCACAGAUCGGAUCAGUAUGGAGAAGGAUAUAAGAGAUGGGAAAUUUUUGGAGUUUGCUUCAGUUCAUGAAAAUCUUUAUGGGACAAGCAUUGAGGCAGUUGAAGUUGUUACAGAUUCUGGGAAGAGAUGCAUUCUUGACAUUGAUGUUCAAGGUGCUAGAUCAGUGAGGGCAAGCUCCCUUGAUGCAAUCUUUGUCUUUAUCUGUCCUCCGUCAUUUGAAGAGCUAGAGAAGCGGUUACGAGCACGUGCAACAGAGGCUGAGGAGCAGAUUCAGAAGCGACUAAGAAAUGCCAGGGCAGAGCUUGAUGAAGCAAAAUCUCCUGGUCUUUUUGAUCAUGUCUUGGUGAACGAUGAACUAGAAUUAUGCUAUGACAAUCUUAAGAAAUUAAUUGCUUCAGAUGAAAUAGCUAAUCCAUUACAUCGAUCAACCAUGAAGAACUUGAAGGUUCUUGUGUCUGAUGUAGAAGUUAAGACAGAUAAAACAUUCCUUCUCCACUGUGAUGAUAAUGAUCAGUUGUUGCUAGACAUAUCUUAUCUUAAAGGAGGUGCGCCCGGACGAACAAGAGGACUCGACGUGUAUCCUAUUGAGCCAUUGGGUGAUGCUGUGAAUGGUAGCACACAACUUUAGCAUCCCAUCUCUGAACCAACCGACAGAAGAUAUUCGUGCCAGCGCUGGCUUAGUUUUCAAUUGAUUAUUCAACAGGAUCAUUUUUAUUCAUACUUAUUACACUCAGAUUAGUUUGCAUCACAGUGCAAUUUAGAUGAUGUUAAGAGUAUUUUGCUGUUUUCCUUGGAGUGAAGAGUGUAGUGCUGUUGUGAGCCCUGCUUUACUAAAUUCUAAUUCUAUGAACCUACUUUGUCCUCAAUUCAUCAGAGAUAAAAGUGAAGGGGAUAACUAAUUUUGUUCCCAUUUCUGUCUGA